GUCUGUGACGUGUGAACUUGUAUUUAAAUGUGUGAUAUUUUAAUUUUGAAUUUUUAUUCAAAAUACUAGUCAAUUUACGUUUUACGCAUUUUAGCACGUUCAACUCUUUGACCUGUCAAAACCUUUUUAAUUACAAUAUGAUCGGUCUUAUUUUAUCUCGUCGCACAUUGGCGACAUCUUAUCAAGUUUUGAAAUUAUUGUCAAAUCAAAGUUUGAUUUCAUCAACCAGAAAUGGUUCAUUGCAAUCGUUUAAUUAUCCAAGUUUAAAAAAUUCACUAGUUCGCACCUAUUCAGAACAGAUUAAAGUUGAAGAUGUUGCAGUUGACUUUGAAUAUGUUAAGAAAGCAAUAAAUAAUCACAAUAUCCUAAUAAUUGAUGUCCGGGAACCCAAUGAAAUUAAGGAACAUGGAAAAAUUCCAAAUAGUAUUAACAUACCAUUGGGCAAUGUGACACCUGUACUUAGUACUAUGCCUGAAAAUGAAUUUGCUGAACAAUAUAAUAAACCAAAACCCUCAGAUGAUACUGAAAUAAUUUUUUAUUGUAUGAUUGGCAAAAGAUCGGGUAUGGCUCAGCAGAAUGCUAUCAACCUUGGUUAUAAAAACGCUAAGAAUUAUCUUGGAAGUUAUACAGAUUGGGCAAGUAAAACACAGUGAAAUUUGACAUCACAAUAAUUGUUAAAUAGUUUGGUAGUAUUGAAUUUGGUUUUUGAAUAUAAUUCGAAAAUUCUGUUUGACCUGCU